ACGCUUUAUUAGUCGUUCGCUCAGAUUGGAUUUGGCUAUGAUAUUAUGUUGUUCAGUAUUCGAGCAUUAUUCUGCCGGUUAGCACGUGUGUGUUUGUGGGUGAGUGGGUGUGCGGGUGAGCGUGCUCUAGAAUCGUCGCCGGGGAAUAAUAAUAAUAAAUACGUAGGUAAUACGAGUAAUACACGCGGUGCGAUUUCCAUCGAAGAUGUGAUAAAAAUAAAUAAAUUUAAAAAACACUUGAGACGGGCCCUCGUGCGGAAAACGAUCGUAAUAAUAAUUAUCACGACUGCUGUUAUAUUAUACGUAAUCCGUUGGAUAUAAAGUCACCCGAGUUUAACGUCAACGACGCCAACGCCGCCGUCUAUUAUAACAUCUACCGUUGUAAUACAAUACGCUUUAUUUUAACUCGUAGGUACCUAAUCAUAUUUCAAUAAUAAUAAUAAUUAGUAACUACCUACUGCAAGAGUGUAAGCUGUGACGAAAUGGAACCACCUGUAGAGAACUUGAAAUCUCCAAAAUCUGUUUGGUUUAUCGUAUGUGAUGAACUGUGUGAAAGGUUUAACUACUAUGGACUUAGAACUAUCCUAGUGUUAUAUCUGUCAACGAUAUUAAAUUAUACCGACGAUGAGUCGACCAUGAUCUAUCAUAGCUUUAUAUUUCUAUCGUAUUUCAUGCCAUUGUUCGGUGCAAUAUUGGCCGACUCUUACUGGGGAAAAUUUAAAACUAUUAUACGACUGUCAAUAGUUUAUGCUCUUGGAAACGUCAUCCUCACUGGAGCUUCGAUGGCCAACAGUUUCACUCUCGAUAGCCAAAGAUUUAUUGCCAUCAUCGGUCUAAUAUGUAUUGCGUUGGGAACAGGUGGCAUAAAACCGUGCGUUUACACGUUUGGCGGCGAUCAAUUCAAAUUGCCGGAGCAACAAGAUCAACUUGCCCGAUUUUUCAGCAGAUUCAUAAUAGCCAUUUACAUUGGAUCGCUGAUAUCUACGUUUUUAGCACCCGAGCUACGGAAAAGCGCACAGUGUUUUGGCAGGGACACGUGUUUUCCGCUGGCGUUCGGCUUACUAUCACUGCUCAUGAUAACGGCCAUAAUUGUUUUUAUUGUCGGAAGAAAUCUGUACGUGAAAAGGAAACCGGAGAAUCAUGUGAUCUUCAAGACUUUUGGGUGCAUAUUUUACGGUGUUCGCAAAAAUAUCUUUUCGUCGUCUUCCAACGAGGCUCAUUGGCUGGAUAUCACCGGCAACAAGUACUCGAAAACCGAGGUGUCCGACACGAAGGCUGCGCUGGAAGUGCUUUACACGUUCAUCGCUUAUCCGGUGUUUUGGGCGCUCUACGAACAACAGGGCUCGCGAUGGACGUUGCAAGCGACGUUGAUGGACGGCAAGUUGGACGGCAUCGGUUGGGAGAUCAAACCCGACCAAAUGCAGACCAUUCACCCACUUCUCGCACUCUUGUUGAUCCUAUCGUUCGACCGCGUCCUGUACCCCUUCCUGGCGAAGUUCGGCAUCCGGCGACCGCUACAAAAGCUCAUGUUCAGCACCUCCAUGGCGGUGCUGGCUUUUUUGCUCGCCGCCGUUCUUCAGUAUAAAAUAUUCGGCGACAGCACUACAAUACCGACUGAUGAAGGACAGUUCGUUGUUUAUAACGGCUUCGAUUGUAACGCUCGUGUGUUAAGUUCGUCACUGCAGUUGACGGGCAACAACGAUAUCGAUCGGCUGGGCUCGGCCAGAUUCAAGUACACUCCGAAUUCUGAUGAAGGCGUCGUGAACAUAAAGCUGAAAUUGAACGAAUCGUGCGAUGCGUACGUUAACUACGACAAUCUGGACACUAACUUGACCGUAUCCAGAGGAGAGUCAAUCUCAUAUUUUCUAACGUCCAACAGUGCAAAUAAAGAAGUAAAAUUACGACGUAUCGAUCAUUACGACGAUUUCAUAAAGCCUAAAAAUGGCCAUCCGAGUUUAAGAAUCGUAAUUGGCGAUGAUAUCGAGAAGAAUGGGUCUCUUGCGCUGGUGCACGCCAAGGAAAAUCACUUGUCAAGACCAUUAAAUGGUAAUCAAUUUCAUAUAUUGUUACAAGCUAUUGUUAAAGCUGUGAUUAUUUCAAAUACCACGGCUUAA